AUGCCUCCCAAACCUGUCAUUAUCGACCAUGAUGGUGGCCACGACGACCUGGUUGCACUGGCACUACUGCUGGGAAAUCCGGAGGCAGUGAAGGUGAUCGGCUGCAUUGUCACGGACGCCGACUGCUUCGUGGACCAAGCAUUCAGCGUCUCGGGUAAGUUGAUGGCCAUGAUGCACGCCAGGAAAGCAACGGGACUUUUCCCGGUCGCGAAGACGUCCUUCAAAGGGGUCAAUCCAUUCCCGUCGGAGUGGCGGUGGAGCUCAAAGAACAUGGAUGACCUGCCGUGCGUCAAUAUUCCCGAGCAUGUGGCCAUCUGGGAAGCCGUGCGGGACGAGAACGAUGCACUGGUGGGAGAGGAGGCUAUGGCUCAACUGGUGAUGUCCUCCCCGGAGAAGGUGACUAUCUGCGUGACCGGGCCGUUGUCAUGCGUAGCGUGGUGCAUCGAGAAGUAUGGCGAGGAGUUCUGCAAGAACGUGGAGGAGUGCAUCAUCAUGGGUGGCGCAGUCGACGUGAAGGGCAACGUUUUCAUCGACCGCCGUACCGAUGGCAGCGCGGAGUGGAACAUCUUUUGGGAUCCUGCGGCGGCCAAAACGGUGCUCAUGUGCCCGCACCUCAAGAAGGUCAUAUUCUCGCUCGACUCAACCAACUCAGUGCCGGUGACGUCAGAAGUGGUGCAGAAGUUCGGUGCACAGAACAAGUAUCUACUGUCCCAGUUCGUCGGCUCUGCUUGGGCAAGCUGCACACACUUUGAGCUGGUUCGCCCCAAUGACGGGUACUACGCGUGGGACGUGCUGACGGCCGCGUAUGCCAUUGAGCGGAGGUUGGCGGAAGUGGAGGCUGUUUCGCUUGAGGUGGUGGUGGAAGCGAACGCUCCAAACGAAGGGCAGACCCGGCGAGCAGCUGAGGGUGCUGCCACAGGAAACAUCUACGUCGCAAAGAAUACAAAGGCGGAUAUGUUCUAUCGCAUGGUGAUGGAUAGUGCUCGCUGCUGCCCAGAGUAG